GCAGGAAACAAAAACAAAAAACCGUCCUAGUAAUUUCAACAUAAGAACAAUUGAGAACAAACAUGAGCUGCGUUUUCAUUUUUCUUUUCAUUUCAAAUGUUGUCAUUUCUCAGUCAGCAUCCAGACAUUUACAUCUUCAAACUGGAGCAUCUGUGACCAUCCCGUGUCCUUAUGAUAGGAAAUAUAUACAUCAUAAGAAAUACUGGUGUUAUCGUGCUGAUUUAACACUUAGUUACUUUAUAAUUCAGGCGUAUGCAAAUGGGACGAAUGGGAAAGUGACAGUAACUGAUAAUCCAUCUGAGAGUCUCUUUACUGUGACUAUGAAAGAUGUUGUCAUUUCUCAGUCAGCAUACAGACAGUUAAGUCUUCAAACUGGAGCAUCUGUUACCAUCCCAUGUCCUUAUGAUAGGGAAUAUUUACAUCAUAGGAAAUACUGGUGCUAUGAUGCUGAUUCAGCAUACAAUUACUGCACAAUUCAGGCGUAUGCCAACGAGACACAGGGGAAAGUGACAGUAACUGAUAAUCCAUCUGAGAGUCUCUUUACUGUGACUAUGAAAGAUCUCCAGACAGGAAACACUGGAUCAUACUGGUGUGCUGUAGAGAUAGAAGGAAUAUUCGGGCCAGAUGUUACAGAACAACUUUCUAUCACAGUAAAAGCAGCUCCUGAUCUGUCUGUGAAGGAGAGCAGUGUGAGUGGUGAUGAAGGAGGCAGCGUCACAGUUCAGUGUCUCUACAGCGCUGCGUAUCAGAACACACAGAAGCAGUGGUGCAGAUUCAGAGACAGAAGCUGCAACUCAGUGACGAGGACUGACAUAUCCCAGAAUUCAGCAGUGAACAUCAGUGAUGAUGGGAAAAGUUCAUUCAGUGUGCAGAUGAGUGGACUGAAGAAGAGUGAUGGUGGCUGGUACUGGUGCAGUGCAGGAGAUCUGGAGGUUCCUGUUCACAUCAGUGUCCGUGAUCCACCUCCAGUUGUGACUUCAGCAGUGACUACAAACACUCAGCAUGUCACUACACACACAUCUGUCUUGAAGCCCAGUGCAGCAGCAUCUGAGACUACAGAUUCUAACAGUGAUGAAACCACAGAUUCAUUGCAGUUCUGCAUUGCACACGACUGAAGAAUGUGAUCUUGGUGGAACUGCAGAUUUAAGAAGCUGGAACAUUCAACGUGUUCAUUUUUAUCUAUCUAUCUAUCUAUCUAUCUAUCUAUCUAUCUAUCUAUCUAUCUAUCUAUCUAUCUAUCUAUCUAUCGAUCUAUCUAUCUAUCUAUCUAUCUAUCUAUCUAUCUAUCUAUCUAUCUAUCUAUCUAUCUAAUCACAUAAUUUACGUUCUCAGCCAAUGGUGGAUUUUUCUGUUAAACAGCAUAAAGAGCAUUUUCAGGCUAUUAGAUGAUUUUUAACCACUAAGUGCUACAUUUGUAUACUAUUGUUUUAUUAACUGUAAUAAAGAUUGUGUUAUUCUUCAA